AGGAUUAGUUGUUGUUUGUUUGUUGUAGGUUUUAUUUCGUGUAAAAAUGAAUUCUUCGUAAUUUUGCACGUCGUCAUCAUGUUAGUCAUUUGAUUGUUGUUGAAAAGAAGUUGUUGAAUCGUUGAUUGUGCGAAUUAGAGAAACAAAUUUUUUGCAAAUUUGGCAAAAUUUUGUUAAAGGUUGGAUAAGCGUUUUGGUGAAAAUAAAUAAGGUGAUGGGAGACUUUGGGGGGAUGAAUGCCCAAGGGGCCCCAACCAGUGCGGAUGCUUGCUUAUCUAUCGUCCACUCUUUGAUGUGUCAUCGUCAAGGGGGCGAGUCGGAAAGUUUUGCGAAAAGAGCGAUCGAAAGUUUGGUCAAGAAAUUAAAGGAAAAACGCGACGAAUUGGACAGUUUGAUUGCUGCCAUUACAACAAAUGGUGCCCAGCCGAGUAAAUGUGUCACAAUUCAGAGAACGUUGGACGGUCGGUUGCAGGUCGCUGGCCGGAAAGGAUUUCCACACGUUAUCUACGCCCGAAUCUGGCGAUGGCCGGACCUUCACAAAAAUGAGUUGAAACACGUGAAAUAUUGUCAAUUUGCGUUUGACCUCAAGUGUGAUUCCGUCUGUGUUAAUCCUUAUCAUUACGAGAGGGUCGUCUCUCCAGGAAUUGACUCGUCAUUGUCAAGAGAUCACUUUGGCUCGUUCGAUACGACAUGCAAAAACCUCUCCGGUUUAAGCAUCCAAUCGCCCGGUGGGAGCACCCGGAUUAAAGAUGAAUACUCCGCUGGAGGAAGUGGCGGUCCUUCCUCUGUCGAAUCUAUGAUGGACCGUGGCGGUCGUCAGCCCAUCAGUCUAAACGUGAACACCAGCAGUGGGGGUGGGAUCGCGUCGGUCGCCUCAUCAGAUUCAGGACUCAUGUCGCCGGGAGGUCCGUCGACGUCGUCGUCCAUCUCGAAUAAUAAUAUUCAAGGCGCAAGUAGCUCUUCGAUACAGUCGCCGACCGUGCAACAUCAUCCGCCUCAACCGCCGGGGCCUACAUAUGCCUCACAACGAGGUCCAGGACCCGGGGUGCAUGCCGGACUUUCUGUCCAGGUGGGAGGAGAUUCUUCUGGAGGUGGUACUUCGGUCGUAGGUUUGGUUGGGAUUGGGGCGACGUCCCCGCUCGUGGGGGGUCCAAUUCAAAACACGCCAAGUGGUCCGGUCGGGUCGAUUAUUGGACAGGAUGGGAACGGAUUCUUUUCUGGGGGAGGUCGUUCCCAGUACAAUCAAGGAGUCGAAUUUGGAAAUUCUGGCGUCGUCCCCGUCGUGCCAUCCGCCUCGACGAGUCACUCAUCCUCUACUUCCACUGGGAUCGCGGUAACUACCGUGACGAACAAUUCAGCUGGGAACAGUACCUAUAAUUCUCCCUCGUCCUGGAGUGGGGGCGGUCCUACGAGCACGUUACAGUACACGCAGACCAUGCAGCAACCCAUGUCUGAUAUUCGGACUCAUCCCGGAUACCCCCUCCAUCAACAACAAAUAUAUCACGACGAUAACAUAAGAAGUGGCGGACCAAUGUUGUCGGCCCAACCGCAGCCAGAAUUUUGGUGUUCGAUUGCAUAUUUUGAGCUGGAUACGCAGGUUGGAGAAACGUUUAAAGUCCCAUCGAGCUUGCCAAGUGUUACGAUUGACGGAUAUGUCGAUCCUUCUGGCGGAAAUAGAUUUUGUCUCGGCGCACUGAGCAAUGUGCAUCGAACAGAGCAGAGCGAAAAAGCGAGACUGCACAUCGGAAAAGGGGCACAACUCGAGUUGAAAGGGGAAGGUGACGUCUGGCUGCGCUGCAUGUCUGACCACUCCGUCUUCGUGCAGAGUUAUUACCUCGACCGUGAAGCGGGGCGCGCUCCGGGCGAUGCUGUCCAUAAAGUUUAUCCCUCCGCGUACAUCAAAGUAUUCGACCUUCGCCAGUGCCAUCGCCAAAUGCAGCAGCAGGCCCAAACAGCGCAAGCAGCUGCACAGGCACAAGCCGCCGCCGUGGCUGGACAUAUACCAGGGCAUGGUGCAGUUGGAGGGAUCGCGCCAGGAAUUGCGAUGAGUCUCACGGCCGCUGCGGGAAUCGGGGUCGACGACUUGAGGCGAUUAUGCAUCCUACGUCUAAGUUUUGUCAAAGGUUGGGGGCCCGACUAUCCGAGACAGUCGAUUAAGGAGACGCCCUGCUGGAUUGAGGUUCACCUACAUCGCGCAUUGCAACUAUUGGACGAAGUUUUACACACGAUGCCAAUCGAUGGACCGCGAAGUGACUAGGAAAAAGAAAGAAGCGAAAAUGUAUUUAUUUGCGUUGGACAAUUUAUAUGAAUCAAAUUAUUAUGAACUAAUCCUAGAAGAAUCGUCGUCUUAAUUAUCGUCUUUAAUCAAUUAAAUUUAAGAUACUUUAUUUUUUCUAUUCUCACCAAACCACCAAUCAACCAAAAGUGAAAGUAUUUGUUUGUUUUUCUGCUAUCUUGAAUCAUCAGUAAAUCAACGUGUUUUAUGCCGGAUUUGAUAUUUAUGAGAAUAUUGGAUAAAAAACUUUGUAAUAAAAAUAGUUACGUAUGAACGCCACGUUGUGGGUGAAGUGGUUUGGUUUGGUUCCUUUAAAACUGUAUUAAUUUAUAAUUUUUCAACAAGUGACGAUAGAGCAGCAAGAGGAGGGCAAUAUUAUCUUUUUUAUACUUUGGAUUUCUCACGAUCAAACUAAAAAUAAUUAUUACAGAUUUUUUAUGAAAUUAUUAAUCAUAAUACUGGAUUAAUACGUUGUUAUUGUUAAUAAUAGAAGAGCGAGCAAUGUGAUGGAUGAGAUUAAAAAUAUAUAUUCAAGGAAUAAAGAAUGAUUGGUGAUGCA